AUGGGGUUCUCUAAACUUUGUAUCGUUCUUUUUACUCUACAAACUCUUGUAGCUAUGGCAUUAACCCAACCUCUUGAUCAAAAAACCGCUAUAUUUCGAGAAUAUAUUGGAGCAGAAAACAAUACUGUCAAAUUCGAAGACGUACCCAUAAACCCACAGGUGGAAUUCCACUAUAUACUAGCAUUUGCAAUUGACUAUACCACUUCAUCUUCUCCCUCCCCAACCGACGGCAAAUUCAACGCGUUCUGGGAUACGGAUAAUCUCACCCCUUCUAAAGUUUCAUUAGUCAAGAAUCAGCAUUCUAAUGUCAAAGUGGCUUUGAGCUUAGGAGGUGAUAGUGUGGGAAAACAAUACUGUAACUUUAGCCCUUCUUCAGUGGAUUCGUGGGUUUCUAACGCGGUUUCUACGCUCACCAACAUCAUCCAAGAGUAUCAUUUAGAUGGGAUUGAUAUCGACUAUGAGCAUUUUCAUGCAGAUCCAGAAACUUUUGCUGAGUGCAUCGGGAAGCUUAUAACCACACUCAAACACAACGGAGUCAUCUCGUUUGCAUCUAUAGCUCCAUUUGAAGACGAUGAAGUUCAACGCCAUUAUUUGGCUCUUUGGAAAAGUUACGGUCACAUCAUAGACUAUGUCAACUUCCAGUUUUAUGCAUACGAUAAGGGGACCACCGUUUCUCAGUUUAUGAACUAUUUUCAGACACAAAGCUCUAAUUAUAAAGGUGGUAAAAUCUUAGUUAGUAUCACCACUGAAGGAAGUGGUGGACUGUCUCCGGAAAACGGUUUCUUUACGGCAUGUAAUAGGCUAAAAAUGGAAGGGAAGCUCCAUGGGAUCUUUAUUUGGUCUGCAGAUGAUUCUAAGGCUUCGGGUUUUCGCUAUGAGAGGCAAUCACAAGCUCUACUAACAGUCCCUCAUUUGCAAUAUACCACACAGUCUGCGGAGCACAGUACCACUGAAGAAAGUCCAUCCAACGUGAUACCUGAGGUUGAACCAGAUGUGGAACAGGGUGAACCAGACUUGGAAGAGGUUGAACAAGUCUUUGAACAUGUGGAACCAGUUGCAGCACAGAUAACCGGAAGAUACCCUCUCCCUCCUAGAGCCAAUAGAGGGGUCCCUCUAAAACGAUACUCGUCAGAGAGGGAAACCAGAACUUCAAGGUAUCCUGUAGCUAAUACAGUUAACGGGAACUUAUCUAACAGUGCGAAAGCGUUUGUCACCUCUCUAUACUCCGAACAAAUACCUGGCUCUGUAAAGGAAGCGCAAGGUAAGAAGAACUGGAAAGAAGCAAUGGAACAUGGAUGCAAACUCUUAUGA